GUUUAGAACAUCUAUUCUUCGGUCCAAGCUAAGGUCGACCGGUCGAAUUCAAAUCGUUAAACUUUAUCUGAACACAUUCGUUGGGAAAAUUAAUUAAAAAAGUUGCGUGCUAAGCCUGACUUGAAGCAAUUUAAAAAGAAUUAUCUGACAAUGAACCUAAAACUACGUUCUAAAUUUAGUACCGAAAGAUAAAAACCGUCAAUAAAUGAACAGCAGAUGAACAAUUAAAGAACAACGCAAUUUGACGAACUGUUAUGUCGAUUUGGAAAUAAACAAAAUCACAAUUAUACGGUUUCAUUGCAUAUUCAUGCAAUAAGAGAAUAGGUGAGAUAAUGCGCUCUUUACAUAACGCUAUAGGAAAAUAUUCAGUUUUUAUGGCAAUUAAUUAAGGUAAGUUAAUUCCAAGAUGGUUUUUUGUGGCCGCAGUUUUCCUAUUUGUCUUGAAAAGAAACUCCGUUGUGUUGUGUAUUCUUCGGAAAUAAUAUUAAGUGCCAAAGAUCUAAAUGCAUGAUGCAGAGAAGUUCGAUUUGCAGAUAAACCGGUUGUUUCAUCUCGGGAGGCAGAAAAAAGUGGUCUUGGAACAUAGCAAAAAAUUCUAUGAAUGUUCCAUCAUCACAGCGGCGAAAAUUGUAUGUUUGCAACACCUUUCUUUCAGUUCCCCGAAAAAUAACUUGCCUGAAACCGAACACUAUUUACACAGUGCCAAGGUAAAUUUGCAAUGUAAAUGUAAAACAAUCUGCUAAAGUAUUGUGCCUUUGGUUCACUAACCCACUGAGCCAAUGUCCCAAUUUUUCCAUGCAUAAACAAUGAAAGGCAAAACGGAACGUAUCAGGUGAGAGUAUCAGUUUCCUCCGGUGUCUUUUACCCAGAAAAUGACACAUAAAAAUCUAGUUUAGUUCUAUAGAAAGUCGACGAAGUGCUUCGAAAAGUAACCUCCAGUUAAGUAUCAGCCAGCAAAGUUGGCAAAUGUGUGGUGUUUUGCCCGUGUGAUCUUCGUGUGGUUGUUGACAGAAUUUUCUUCAAGUGGCCGAACCGAUCUUUGUAGCUUGAUAAUUUUCAAUUGGUUAACUUGGGAUGAGAGUUUUCAGCAAAAAGUGCUGGAAAUUGCGGCUUUCAGAAAAAAUCUUCUGAGUUAAACGUUGAAGGCGGAAUUCAAUUUUCUGGAAACCCUGCUAAAUAACUCCAAGGUUUUUUCUGAAGACGACAACAGGAGGAGCUCCAAUGUCUUUCAAAUGCGCACAAUGUGAAAUCAUAUAAAAAUCCUGUCAGUUUCCCCAAACGAAUUUAAUAAUAAUAAUAAUUAAUAAUCAGGCACACAGGCACGAAAUUGAAACAAGCAAUUAAAAUUGAAAUCAGCAGAUAUCGGAAAAUCCGGAUGUUCAUAGUGCAGACAUCACGUAAUAUUACGUCUGAAGUAGGGUUUCCAACAAUCGUUCUGGUUUUCCGGUGAUUAAAAAAUUUGACUUUAAAAUUCGAUAAGCGUUGGUGUCUUACUGGUUUACCACAAACAUAAUAGUUGCCUCGUCAGGUCAGGGCUAUUAAAGUUUACAAUAUGGUUUGUGAAACGAGCAAUUCAUUCAUGGCGGGUAUUUUCCGACUUUGGUUCAGCGAAAUCGGGCAAGUUCAAGCGCAAAACCCGAAGGAAAAUGAACAGUUUAAUUGUUACUAAAAAACGAAAUUCUCCACCAAAACACACCAACAAAUGCGUCUAAUUAGCGGCUGGGUUGUUAAAGUUUCCGGUAGUCGACGCAAUAACUACUUUUUCUGCACUAGUUGAGCGUAUUUUUUAACGAAAAAAAAAUCAUUGAGUGUAAUUCCCAAAAUUGUAAUCAUUGGGAAAGCGGCUUCUUCAAACGUAACACUAGAAACUAGUCAGGGUUUGAGUAUUCUUGUUGAGGAAAUGAAAAAAUUGUUAAGGACAACAGGGAAAAUUAAUUGCAACAUUAAAGCGCACACAGAGUAGAACAGUGCACCAUAAAGAAAGAAGAAAUAGGGACAUAUUUUAAAUCAGGAGAAAAAUUCUUGACUUAAAAAAGCCCUGGAAGAAUGAGAAAAUCAUGUUAAAAGCUGCUAUGGUAACAGUGACAACCCGGAAGUUGAGGAAGCAAAAAAGAUGAAGAGCUUUGAUGAAGAACCGUGAUUUAUUGAACUAAUGAAGCUCCAUUUUUUGUGUUGAAAACGCAGCGUUUUUCCGCCCGAAAAAGUUGCGUGUGUGCUGCAUAAGAACUAAUAUCUUUUCGCAUAAUCUAAUAUAAUUGGAUCUCAUAAACUGGAAAUUCUCCCCUAAAAACCCUCGUCUGAUUUUUUGACCAUUUAGCGGAUAAUUCAACAACAGUAAUAAUCUAUAUUUGCUCUCACUUUUCACGCUUCACCGUCGUCGCUCAUUCUCAGUCGACUAUUACCAUUGUCUGCACAUUUACCGAAGAAAAAACCGCAUUAGAAUUUAAAUGAUUUCCAAAUGGCAUCAUUUCCCGAGGCUUUUUAAUGUGCGGCAGAAGUUUCCAGUUGAUUUCCCUUCAUUCAUCAGCUGGUGAAAAUGAAAAAGUGUUUCCUUCUCUUGGUGUUGUGCUGUUCAAUUAUUCCCUUUAGAGGAGACAGGCGCGGGUACAAGUUUUACCACAACGAACGAAUCUUGAAUGUUGCCCGGGAAAGUCCAGGGGUUUUGAAUUGGUCAAGGACCCAAUGGAUUUGUAUGGUGUUGGGGAUUUGCUCAAUAAUCCCUCAACCAGCUCAAGCGGAUACUCCCAACUUCAAGACCAUUUACCAGUGGAACCAAUUGGAGUUCGACUAUGAAUCCCUAUAUCAACGACAAAUCGAUAUUGAUUCGGGAGUUUUCACUCCUGGAGUCAUCGCACCCAUUGAUGUUGAUGUCUAUUAUGCUCCAGUCAAGCAAAGAAACCAAGUCUUCGUGACAAUACCAAAAUUCGUUGAGGGAAUACCCGCAACUUUGGGCACCGUAACCAAUAGAACCUACGAAGGAAACCCACUGAUCAAACCAUAUCCGGACUGGCAGUGGCAUAGAAACCCCGAAGGAUGCCACACUGAUAGAAUAGUGUCGGUAUUUCGAGUAAAGAUUGAUGAAUGUGGACGUUUAUGGGUGCUGGACACCGGAAAAGUCGGCGAAAAAGUAAUCUGCCGCCCUCAAAUCCUGUGCUUCGAUUUAAGCACGAAGCAAAUCCUGCACAGACAUCUGCUCCCUAACGAUGUAGUGUCUAAUCACUACCUCCUAGUCACUCCGGAAGUCGAUGUCCGAGAUCCCAACUCUGGAUGCAGGGACACUUUCGUUUACAUUGCCGAUGUUUUAGGAUUUUCGCUCUUGGUCUACGACGUGGCCCACGACAAGUCCUGGAGGAUCCAGGACAAGACCUUCUAUCCAUAUCCCAGCCACGGGACCUACACGAUUGCAGGAGAAAGUUUCGAUUUGAUGGAUGGCCUCUUGGGACUGGCGUUGUCUCCUCAUUAUCCCGGUCAGGACAGGAUUCUGUUUUACCAUGCCAUGUCAAGUCCAACGGAGAACUGGGUUUAUACAUCGCAUUUGCGGAACAGCUCGAUAUUUGAACAUGAUGCGGCUGCAGCGCCCCAGAUAUUUAAUACUUUUGCCAAUCAGAGAAGUACCCAAACAGCAGCUGAAGCCAUCGACAAAGAUGGCGUGAUGUUGUUCGGCCUGAUGAAAGAUACUCAAAUAAUGUGUUGGAACACCAGGACCGAAUACGGACGGAAGAACUUUGACGUGGUGGCAGUUAAUCCGGAAACUUUACAAUUUCCCAGUGGCGUGAAGAUAAUUCGGAACAAAAAAGGCGAACAAGAACUAUGGAUUCUGACGUCCAGGUUCCAGAAAGUCGCCAAUGGCUCUUUAAACCCCAAAGAGCCGAAUUUCCGAAUCCUGGCCGGAAAAGUGGAGGAUAUUUUAUAUGGAACCAAAUGCCGCUCCAAACAAACUCACCAUAAUCAAGUGACUGGAAGUUUUGGAGGCGGAUAUGGGCUGUACAAGCCAAAGAUUUGAGUGUUUAGUGCCAUGUUAUGUAGUCAUUUAGGUCCUUCUUAACCUAGACUAGGGAACAAUGAGUCUUCGGAUUCACAGUAUUUCUGCAUUCAAAACUCGCAAGGUAAAUUGCUCUUCUGCAUGCUAGUCACUAUUAGCCAAAUGCCAAGAGGAAGUCAUUUUUGUGUGUGUUAUGUUCUUCAUUCGAGUUGGAUCUGAACUUUUGAUAUUAUAGGCUUUUUAAGCUAGUACGUAGGUAUACUUUAACUGUUCAGUCAGGACCUGAUUUCAUAUGAAUUUAUUGUACAAAGUAAUUUAUUUUACGCCCAUAGGAGUUUAAGGAGCAGGAGUUUAUUCGUGUAAUUGAGAUGAAUAAAUUUACUAAAGCAUAAAUUUACGGCAACAAUUUGUCUCUUAUCAUCUCGGUGUCGAUGAUUGUCCUAUGAAUUGAAACAAAUUAUUAGUUUGUUUGCAUUAUGUUCUUUAGUCCUACCGAUGAUUAUUAUUCAACUGCUUAUGAAAUAUUGUAACAAAUAAUGCCUUAAAAUGCCCUGGAGUAAAAAUCGACUUUCUCAUCUAGACUAUUAGAAAAUUAUCUGACUUACUCAUAAUUAACGAAGAAAGCUAUAUGAACCAUUACUGAAUAAAUGCAUAAAAUUAAGCGAGAA